AUGCACCUGAAGUUCGAUAACCGGCUACUCACCUGGAUAUUUUUGGGUGGCUUGGCCUUGGGCUUUGCCGUAGUGUUCGCGCUGGUUGGGCUGUUUGGUACCCUUACUCCUUCACCCCGUGCUUGGGCGGAGGACAAUGCAAAGCCCUGCACUUUGGAUCACGAAAUGGGGGGCUGCCUGGAAGACAAGGUGGGGCGAGUGGCGGUCACGGAACCCGAAGCAUCGUCAACGGAGCCCGAGGGCACGGAAACUACCACCGCUGCUGAAACCCCGGCUCCUGCCCCUAGCGGUGCAAGCGUUGCGGGUCGCCAGAUUUUCAUUACCGGCGCCGGUGAAGGCGCAGCGACGCCUUGCGUAACCUGCCACACAGUGGCGGGUGUUCCCGAAGCGAUUGGCUUGCUGGGCCCAGACCUGUCCCAUAUUGGGACAGAUGCCGCCAACCGACAGUCUGGUGUGUCUGCGGAAGAGUAUUUGGUUCAGUCCAUCAGGGAGCCGGAAGCAUUUAUUGCCGAAGGAGUGGAGCGGGCUACUCCUGGAUUGAUGUUGACCGCCAUUACAGCCGGUUUGACUGACGCGGAUGUGGAAGCCCUGGUCGCAUUUCUUUCGGAGCAGAAAUAG